GUAAGGUCUGUGCGCUAAGGAUUGGUGGCAAUAUUGUGGCUUGAUCAGCAGGUUGGUCUUGGUGGGACUCCAUCGCGUCAUGCUACCAUGCUUCAACAAUGGAUCACUCAAAUGUUCGCGUGUAUGCAAAACACCUCCAGGCGCCCAGCGUAGUCCACCAGGCAUGCAUAGGGGACUGGACGAGACAUCAAGGUGAUGUACAGGGAGAGGUGGAUACACAGGAAUCCGCCCAGGUUGACGUGGUGUUCGGAAAGGGAUCUUUUCUAUCGCUUUAUAGAUUUGUGGCAGAUGGAGCGGUUCUGGAAGAGCGGCCGACAGGGUCGCUCAAUCUGAUUCACGAGCAGGCGGUGUUUGGAACUAUUAAGGACGUAAAGACGCUAACCUGCACAUUGGAGCCGGAACAUGAGGAUGCUUUGGGAACGGAAAUGGAGGCUGACGAGCAAUCUGACCGUCCAAGGCUUGGGUAUCUUCCAAGGAAUGCGUCAAUGACCGUUUUAGUUGCCACUUCCGACUCUGGUAUUCUGUCGUUUUUGACAUUCAGCUACAAGGAAGACGAUCAAUGUACAGCUGGACACGGGCGAUUUCAUAUUUUAAAGGAGAUCGAGAUCGCAGAGCCAGGAUUUGACUACAUGCAAGCAGGAGCGAAGAUCGCGGUCGACCCAUCGUCCCGAAUCAUGGCAGUAUCGGCUCUUCAAAACCACAUCAAAUUAGUUAUCAUCAGGAGUACGAAGAGGUCAAAUUUUGAUCCGGUGGAACGGAUAUCAGAUAUCGAUCUGAAGGGGACGAUAGUCGGGAUGGACUUCCUUACUCCAGAUUCAGAGGACCUUGCCAUCUUGGCGGUUCUAUUUCAUAACAAAGAAACCUCAAAGUAUCACCUCGCCACUUUUCAUAUUGGCCUUCAUAAUCGUCUGACUGGCCCUCUCUCUAUUCAAGUCGGAACAAGUCAGCUCGGGUCAAAUUCGCAAAAAUCAGUCGUUCUUAUAAAGGCUCUGCCAAAUAUCCCAUGCUCCUUGGUCUAUGUUGACGAAGAGAAAAUCACCCUCGUCACUGUUGAGACGCCAACAGGACCCAGAGUAGCCGAUACAGCAAGGCAUACCACCCGCUCGUCAUUGCAACUGCUCAAGAGAGAACGCUCGGAAAAGCUUGGCGAGCUUCUCGCAGGACCAUUGGCGAGUGACACUUUCCCGUUGAUAUCUGCGUGCGCCACCCCUCCAUCUUCGCCCUUCCCUUCGAGCGAUCAAACACUUUACCUGGGAAGCGAUACCUCCGAGCUCUACCGUGUCAACAUUCAAUAUUUGACCUAUACGAUGCAGUUUGAGCUCAUCUCCGGAGACAGGCCAAUCGGGGAUGUGAUGCAGGUUCUUGUGAGGCGUCAGUUCGCUACCGAGCCUUUAUUGUCCGAUAUGGAUCAGGAGAUUGUACUCAAUACCGACUAUCUAAUCUAUUCGAGCGACUAUGGUGAUGGAGGCAUAUUGGCUAUCAAGGAAGAGGAGGAUUCAAUUGAUCUUUUUGCGAUAACAGAGCUCCAAAACAACUCGCCCAUUUUGGACUUUUGCGUGCGGGAACCAUCUCAUCCUGGACGCGAUUCGCUUUAUGUGUGUUCUGGAAUGAAAGACGAAGGCUGUUUAAAGAGAAUUCGAUCUGGAAUAUCCGUCGAGUCCUCUGGAAGCAGUGGAAAUGAAUUUUUCGCAGGCGCGACUGGCCUUUGGAGCGUCAAAGAAAACCUCAAGGAUGCGUUUGAUUCCUUCUUGGUCGUGUCCUUUAUGCAGAGUACCAAGUUCAUGCGCAGUGGGGAUGGUGGCAGUCUCGAGGAUAUAAGCGGAAGUUGUGGAUUCGACCUUGCGCAAGCUACGGUUCAUGCUGGGCGUUUGCGGGACGGCGUGAUCUUCCAAGUACAUCGCUCCGGCGUUAUUGCAACAUAUUCUGCCACUGGUGAACGGCACUCGUGGCACUGCGACGAUGGCGUCCUUACAUCGGCGUGCUUGAUUAGCGAGGGGACUCUGAUUUUGGGACAAAUAUCUGCUGGAUCAAGCAUGCUUAUCAUGCUUGAAUUAACCUCGGAAGGAUCAAUCGGCGAUCAAGACUUCGCUAUGAACACAUUCAAGGUCCUUGCUUCAAAAGACCUCAAGGCAGAGCCAACUACAAUUAACUGCUGGAGGCAAUCGAGUGACACGGACUCGCCGGGCACUGAGGAUGAUACUCUAUUUUGCAUCGGUACAUUGGAGCCAGCUGUGCUUGUGUUCCAAAUCAAGACGAGCGAGAUUUUUGAGCUCUACAGUGAAUCGUUGGCACAAGCCGGUCUAGAGAGUGUCGCCAUUCCUCAUUCCAUUUGUCUACUCAGAAGCCGUCAGGGCCGGUUCAAAAUUCUGGUGGGCCUGCGUGAUGGAGGUAUCAUCGCUUACGACUGGACGAAAUUUCAAGAACAGCGGGAUUUGAGUGUUCCGGCGCCAGCACGACCUAUGUCUUCGCCUCGGCUGUACAAACUCGGUAUUUUACCGGUCAAGUUCGCUCUCUCAGACACUCCUACGCUUUCAAAUGCUUUGGUUCUUUCGGACAAGCUAUGGCUAGCAAGUUAUAAUCAGGGGUUUGAGAUUCUACCGAUCCUGUUUGACAGCGAAGUUUCGCAAGCAUGCUCGUUUCAGUCCAACGAUGAAGAGCAGACAGCAAAAGACGGAUUUGUCUUUAUUGUGGACCAUCACGAUAUUCAACUUGCCACACUCGAAGGAUUCAACAAGUACAGCAAUCAGGCGCUGGCUUUGGGGCGUACACCACGAAGAAUCCUUGAUAUCACAUCAAAGAGGUUGCUGCUCCUUGCAAGCGUUGGCGACGGGUUCCCCUUUGCCGAAUCGACACUGCAAUUGAUUGACCCAGACAGGGCCUCACACGAUCCGGGUUCGGAGAAGCAGCACAUUGUGGCUGAAUUUUCACUGAAACAAGGAGAGGCCGUCUAUUGCCUUACAGAGUGGAAAAUCCCAAGACCAAACAAGUCCGACGCUGUCUAUAUUUGCAUAGGCACAGGGCUCUUUUCACCUACAGGGACAGAGGUAUCAGCUGCCGCUCCAAAAACAGGGCGUUUGGUGGUCUUGUCUGUGAAGCAGUCCAGAAAAACAGACCGGAAAUUCAGGAAGUUUGAGCUGGAUUUAAGAUGGGCCAUGGCGAUGCCUGCGCCAGUCUUUGCUAUUUCCACAUUCAUGGAAAUGAAGUUACUUAUAUCGAACGGACCGGUAUUGAAGCUGUUAGCCCUUGACUUGGAGAAGAAAACCUUGGUCGAGAAGGCUUCGCAUCGCGAGCGUUGGCCCAUCGUACAGAUUUCCAACCAUGGGUCCAUGAUCUGCACUGGCUCAAGACGGGAGUCUAUAUGUUUUUACGAGUAUCAGUCAGGCAUCGGAGGCGAGAGGAGUCAUGACAGGCUGCGCUUUUUAAAAAGCGCCAAGUCAACGAGAAUGGUCUCGGACUGCAUGGCGAUCUCGCCUGAGUUCGCAGUAGGCGUCGAUAGCUCUGGUGGAAUUUUUGGGCUAGGAUAUUCCCGAGAGGAUCCUGGCUGCCAACAUACUCUCGUAGACCGGUUCUCCUUCCAUUUGGGCGAGGUUGUGAACCGAAUCCGAAUCGCGAAAAUUUGGCCCGCAGAUGUCCGUUCCUUGGCGGGCAUUUCUCUAUCGCAGCGAACCUCUGACACGGAGACCACAGAUGCUACGGUAUUCUUGGAGUGCGAUUCGUGGCGACCAUCAUCUGGGCAACUGUCUUCAUGGAUCCUCCUGCCCUGGACCAUGGAUUCCAAUAUCCAGCCUUCAUCCUCGACGCAACUGACGCAAUUGACAGCACAGCUUUCCUCGCAGGCACUCAUCGCUUGUAGCCUAAUUGGCAGUAUUUUUGGAUUCUGGAGUCUGAAUUCGCAAGUGUACUUGAUUCUCAGCUCUCUCCAGAGUAUCCUCCAAACAACAUACGAGUGUCGCCCUGUUCUGGGCAAUCUGCAUGACCGCUAUCGCAGCCUGUCCUCGCCGGGAUCCAAUACGGUUGAUGGAGACCUACUAUAUCAAUUCCUGGGAUUGGACCAUGAAUUGCAGGUACAGCUUGUGAGCAAAGCUGUUGGCCUGGAGCGGAUUGUAGACGGCUGGCUUCUGCAGACUGGUAUGGGUACUCAGGAACAGAUAUACCUGAGCUCUGCCCCACGAUCCGUGUCCAAGGAUAACACAACGAUCGAGUCUGGUUGCCUCAUGCACAAACAACCCGGACAGAAUCAGGGGCGUUGUAAGGCAACCAAUGUGAUUUGUCAUAUCGUCGAAUAUUUGCACAGCCUGGACUGGCAUCAACAAUAAAAAGAGACGAGGUUCUUUCUUUCUUCAUCACUUUCUUCACAUUUAUGAUUACUUGGAGGUGGACUCAGGGGAGG